ACAUACGUACCCCCACGCACCACACCACGCACUCACGCACAGGCACAUAUGCACAUUAUUCAUCAAGCCACCCGCUUCAGCCCCCCCCCCCUCCUUUCUUCUCUCGCCAAUACUACGCCUCCUCUCGACUUCCGCCAUUCUGUUUGUGUAUACGUUGGCAGUUUAAAUUUCUCCCGUCAACCAUUGACUCUCAAGGAAAUCAAAUCAUCUGUUUUCUGUAUGAUUGGUUAUAUCAGGACCAUGGUACCUUGCUUCGGACCCAUGCAGUUUUCCGUCCCGCUAUGUAAGGUCGAUCACGUCACUGCAAACUUUUAGCCGACAAAGUUCUGCAUGAUCUUUAUAAUCAAAUAUAAUACUUGUAGUUUCAUGCAAGAUUCACAUUAAAGUGUAGAGAAAGUUCGACACCAAGCAUUGCCGAAGUACCGGCUUAAUUUCUCAGCCUGAGUCUCCAGAGACUGGUGACGCGCGUGAAUCUCUCUCUUUGAUGGAGUAAAGAUACCUUUCAUCUCGGUAAUGAAUGACCACAUCCGCGAUUUCCAAGAUGAUUAUAGUCUGAUGUCGAUACGAUGCCGUUUCCUUCCCACCCUCGCCCGACCUUCGUCCUUUUCAUCAUCGCUGUCAUCUUCGUCAUCGUCUCGAUAUCAGCUAUACUUUCAUUACCUCCUGUUGCAAAUCAAAAAAUCAGCAAAGGUACUGGUCGCGGUGACCCGGAACUGCUGUUUCAAGCCAACGGAAAUACACCCACAGAGCAACUCAAGGGACACAGGGCUUCAUUGGCAUCAAGUAACACCAAAUGCGUACCCCAUCAGAAACUGGUCUUCCUGAAGACACACAAGACAGGGUCAACAACCUUGGCAUCCAUUAUCCAACGGUAUGGUUACCUCAAGAAUCUUACCUUCCUGGUUCCACAUCGAAACCACUUUGUCAACUACCAGAAUAUCUUUAACGUGGACAAGAUCAACCUUACAGAGGUGAAAGAUACGGGGGAAGUCCGAUGGUCAUUUCAAAAGGGAUAUGAUAUCCUCACCAACCAUGCACGUUAUAACCGAUCAUCCAUGGGCAUUGUGUUCCACGAUGCCAGAUACAUUACGAUACUGAGAGAACCAUCCGCCCAGUUCGAAUCUGCAUUCUACUACUUUGAAAUCUGGCGGUCCAUUCCGCGGUCUCGAGAACCGCUCAAGUUGUUCAUGGGAGAUCCAGAAUUACACUUCCGGAAAGUCAUGCAAACGCGACAGUACUACAAAGACAGCAUGCACAACCAGCAACUCUUUGACCUCGGUAUGUCGCAUGACGACAUGAAUGAUGAUGACAAGGUCAAGAGGAAAAUCCACGAGAUCGAUGCCGAAUUCGACCUCGUCAUGAUCACCGAAUACUAUGAUGAGUCUUUAAUCCUCCUCAGGAAACUUCUUUGUUGGAGUAUGGAUGAUAUUCUGUAUCUCGCUAAAGGAACACGUACACCCGACUACCACGUCGAGGUGGGCCCAGACCUUCGCACUAAAAUACAAACAUGGAACAAAGCAGACGUCUGGCUCUAUAAGCAUUUUAAUGAGACGUUUUGGCGGAAAGUGAGAAGUUACGGUCCCGAGUUUGGAAAAGAUCUUGCGGAGUUCCGAGCGAGACUUGCUGCCACGCAUGACUCUUGCUGCAACAGUACCCGUAUGAACGCGAAAGAUAGGAGGGUGAUGCUUUUUUCUCUAAAGAAUAACCCUUCAGUGUGGUGCAAAAACCUUGCCAGAGGAGAUGUUGAUUACACCCGACUUAUCAGGGAACGUAUGACGCAACGUGGUAUACCUACAUACUUUUCACGUGAACACCAUAGACGGAAACAAAACUCUUAAACUUUUAGAUAUUUCUGUUGAAUACUAUGUAUUUAAAGAAUACUUGAAUACUAUGUAACUAUUUGAAAAAAAUAAUGUUCAUUUUAUAGUUAGAAUCUUUCUUGAAAAGAAUCACUUCAAAAUAUAAUAUUUGUAGAAUUUAUCAUAUUGAAAUUGAGUUCCAAAAAUUUGUUUGGUGUAAGAUUAUUAUUUUCUCCAGUUGCACCAAAGGAGGGUCCUAAAUUUAUUGGUCAUUUUAGACAAAAAAUUCCAAUUCCUAUAUACCUAUGGUAUUUCGCAUGAUUGUCUGUCUGUCAUAGUAGCCUUAUUCAGCUACCCAUUUUUAAUAAGUGAUUUUCCUGUGACCUUUGCAUAUGCCUCUCGUGUAAUGUGGUUCAUUGAAUAAAAGGAGUCCUCAUUCUUUGUGAUAAGAUCCCGUCUUCUUUUUUAAAGCAUGGACAUAAUAAUUUUCAAUCUCGCCUCUGAUGAGAGGCAGGGGCCCUGGGGUGGGGUAAAGCACCCAAGGGCUAUGCUCUAAUUAGGCUUACUAACACAUAGACCAGAGUCAGAUAUCCAUCUUUUGGAGGGCUCUGACAAAAUUUACCUUCAUUUUUGAGUGAAGGCCUUCUAUAUACAUGUAUUUGUUAAAGAUGUCUUGACUAAAAUCACCUUCGCUCGGGAGAGUGGUGAUAUUCAUUUAUGUAUUUAUUUUUAUUUUUUGCUUGUCAAAUUUUCACUGACAGAAAACACCUUCAUUUUAAAGUGAAGACCAUGGUUUUCCUUGCUCAUCUAUUUAUUUCUUAGCCAACCAGCAACCCUUCUUAGAAUAUCGUUCCCAGGUCGAUGCUAUUAUUUUUAAUAUCAAGUGCCUUUACACUUCUUAGGUUUGUACCUUUUAUUUUUUUUUUAAGAAUGAGGGCAAAAUGUAAAAGGUUGAAUAAUUGAACUGAUGAAGAAUAAAGAGAUCUCAUGUUGUUAUCACAAAAUAAUGUUUCACAUCUCUUUCUACUUUUCGGCUAUUUCAUUCCAUUUUUUAUUUCAACAGUUCAGGCCUGUCGGAGCCAAUAUGAGUUGUACGGUAUAAUUUUUCCAAAUAUAAAACAAAAUAACAAAGAAUAAUAUUUAAUUGGGCUUGUUAUAAAAGGCCGUGUAAGUGGCGCGUGAGUUUCGGGUAAACUUCUAAAAGGAGCCAUGAGGUAAUUGUAAGUGGAGUAGAAUCUCGCCAGGGAGCCAAUUUUUCCUAUGGUGUCCUUCAAAGACCAAAGCUACCAAAAAUUACAUUAAGUGAUAGAGAUCCAUAAAAGCUUGGGUGCGGGGCAUUUUUUUAUUUCACAGAGUCAACUGCAGUCAAUUGUUAAUUUGUCUAAUAGCAAUUUGGUCUAAUACCGAUUUGGUUUAUUAUAUUUGGUAUAAUUAUUAAACGAUC